GACGUCAGCGAAGGCCGUUGAUUGGCUCUCAGCCGUAUCCGGUGGGGCAGCGGUCCAGGGCUCGGCAAAAAAAAAGAUCGAAGAGAGCACUACCUUGCUAAGGGUUUCAACCGUGACAAAUAUCAGCCGUCCCGAGUCACUUUCGAAGGGCUCGGUAGGAAUAUUACUACAUCUUGUUAGAGGUCUUAGAGCAAGGUUGCGGUUGUCGUCAUGGCUUCUGGAAGCACGAGCAGCGAAGAGGAGCGCAGCCUGAGGGAAUGCGAGCAGUACGUGCAGAAACACAACAUUCAGCAGCUGCUGAAGGACUGCAUUGUCCAGCUCUGCACCUCCAGGCCCGACCGGCCCAUGGCCUUCCUCAGGGAGUAUUUUGAGAGGCUCGAGAAGGAGGAGGCCAAGCAGAUCCAGAACCAGCAGAAGGCCAGCAGUUCGCGCUCCGACUCCCGCGACGAGGAGGUGUCCCCGCCCAUGAACCCUGUGGUGAAGGGUCGCAGGCGGAGGGGAGCCUUCAGCGCUGAGGUUUACACGGAGGAAGAUGCCGCCUCCUACGUCAGAAAGGUACACACACGUUCGGUGAGGUUCUUUUUAAGCGGGUCCUUGAUACCAUUGUCCCCUCUGUCCUUCCUUCAGGUCAUCCCGAAGGACUACAAGACGAUGGCUGCCUUAGCUAAAGCAAUCGAAAAGAACGUGCUUUUCUCUCACCUGGAUGACAACGAGAGGAGUGACAUAUUUGACGCCAUGUUUCCUGUCACCUACAUCGCCGGGGAGACCGUUAUUUUGCAGGGUGACGAGGGUGACAAUUUCUACGUUAUUGAUCAAGGGGAGAUGGACGUGUACGUGAACAACGAAUGGGUCACCAGCAUCGGCGAAGGCGGCAGCUUCGGCGAGCUGGCGCUGAUAUACGGUACCCCGAGGGCCGCCACCGUCAGAGCCAAGACCAACGUCAAGCUGUGGGGCAUCGACAGAGACAGCUACAGGAGAAUACUCAUGGGAAGCACUUUAAGGAAGAGGAAGAUGUAUGAGGAAUUCCUUAGGAAAGUUUCCAUUUUAGAAUCUUUGGACAAGUGGGAGCGCCUGACCGUCGCCGACGCGCUGGAGCCGGUCCAGUUUGAGGACGGCCAGAAGAUUGUAGUGCAGGGAGAACCUGGAGAUGAGUUCUUCAUCAUUUUGGAGGGUUCUGCUGCGGUGUUGCAGCGUCGCUCGGAGAACGAAGAGUUUGUCGAAGUGGGGAGAUUAGGACCAUCGGACUACUUUGGUGAGAUCGCUCUGCUGAUGAACCGCCCCCGCGCCGCCACGGUGGUGGCCCGCGGCCCCCUCAAGUGCGUCAAGCUGGACCGGCCUCGCUUCGAGCGCGUCCUGGGCCCGUGCUCGGACAUCCUCAAACGCAACAUCCAACAGUACAACAGCUUUGUGUCGCUUUCAGUCUGAAGGAGCUCGCGUUCUUUCUACCCCCCCACACCCCCUUCCCCUUCUUUUGCUCCGUUUAGACCCGUCCCUAACCCAGACCACCGCAAUUUGCUUUCUGCCACUUUCCCACCCUCUUCCCCUCCCUCCUCUUGAGUUUCCCCUCUUUUCUUUCGUGGUUGCCACCCCCCCCCACCCGUCACCCAGGGGUGACUUUUAGCCGUUCACCAGCGCUUGUAACCAGCUGCUGUAACGUUAACCGUGUAGGCACAGUUGCACCACGCUACUUCUGUCAUAUAUCUGCUGGUUCCUCUUUGUUUUGAUUUUUUUUUUUUUGUUGUUGUUGCAAGAACGCAAAGCAAGAUUUGUUGUGAGAUCCGAGCGCUCAGAGACAGGACAAUCAAAAAAACCUCCCACGCAGUCCCAUUUAGACAUCACGAGCGUAGACCAAAAUCUCGUCAGUUCGAAGUCGCGGCUUUUUUUUUUUUUUUUUUUUUUUGCAAUUUUUUCCCAGCAGUCGUUUGAGACUCCGUCGAAAAGUUCAUUUUUAGCGUGUUAGCUUCCAGGCUGGUGCAAAAUGUUUCAUACAAGGUGAGUUGAAUUGUUACCUGCUAUUUGAAGCGCUGAAAGAUUUUUUUUUUUUUUUUCCCCUCCCAAACUUUUCUGGUCCUAAUCUGUAGAACACCUCUACAAGAACUGCCUUGAAGAGAUGAAUUUAAAAAUAUAUAUAAAAGGGGAACAAACCCAAAAGUAUUGUGUAUUUCAGUAUUCAGUUUUUUUUUUUUUUUUUUUAAGUCAAAA